AUGCGUGACCUUUUAUCAAGUGCCUAUGUCACGGUGGUCGAUUUCAAUGAAAUCCUGGGCAACGAGACCAUAGCCCCAUUCCACGGAAAGGCUCAGUUCGUCAAAUGCGACGUCACCAACUGGGAGCAGCAAGUCUCCGCGUUUGAGGCGGCCGUGCAGAACUCACCUCACAAAAGUUGCGACAUUGUCAUCGCCAAUGCCGGAAUCGUCGGCAGCGAUGACAUGUCUAAGCUUGAAAACCCUGCAGGACCACCAGUGAAGCCCAAUUUGAAAACCAUGGAGGUCAACCUCAUGGGUCUGCUCUACACGGUCAAGCUGGCGAUCCACUACUUUCGACGCCAGCCCCUGGGCGACUCGCGGGACCGGUGUCUGAUCCUCAAGUCCAGCCUCGCCGGAUACGUGGAUCUUCCCGGGUCGAUCCAGUACAACUCGAGCAAGUUUGGCGUCAGAGGCAUCCUGCGAAGUUUGCGCACGACCUCUUGGAAGGAGAACAUUCGAGUGAAUCUGGUGGCCCCAUGGUAUAUUCAGACUCCGAUCCUGCCGCAACCGGUCCAGGACUACCUUGACGGCAAGGGCGUGGGGUUUGCCCUUGUCGAAGACUGUUGCAAGGCUAUGUUGAUCAUUGCCUCGGACAAGACCAUCAAUGGCCGAGCAUUUGGCGUUGUGUCCCGGUUCCACGCAGCCCCGGGGGUCAUGGACCUCGACCUCGAUGACUACAAGGAAGGUAGCCUUUUCGCCGAGUGGCAGAAGAUUGUCACGGAGACUGCUGUUAUUCUCGUGGUGGGUCCUGACGGCCCUGAUCCACUUCACAAGUGCCCUAACGCUCUGUCUAGGCAUAAGCUGUCGAAUGCGUUCUGUUAUUUCCAGAACCAACGGCCGUAUUCAUUCCCUUUUGUUCUGGAUCCACAGCUAUAA